AAAUUGUAUUUAUUUGUUUUAUAUUUUAUAUUAACCAAAAAUGGAUAGAGAAAGGAAUGCUUAAUCAAACUAAGUGUGACUUUUAUCCUGGCUACCGUCCUAUUAAAGUCAUAAAUUGCAGCUCUGAACAAACUACGCAGCUUGAAGCCCUUGAACGCAGCAGCAGUCAUGUAUGUGUGAUCUUUGCUCGGCUGCCUGUCAGCUGAGUUCAGUGAACUCAUCCCGCCAGCAGAGCGCGUCCCUGCGCCUCGUUCAGAAAAUGGGGAUGCCUCCUCUCAGAGCACAAACCCACUCCCCGUUUUCCGUGAAACUGUGAAAAGGAAAAGCCCUGUUGUUUUCUUUUUUAACACUGUCAGAAAGCCCAUGCACUGCGAGCUUUCUCCACCACCUCCACCGCUCACAGGACUCUCCCAGGAUGCUGUCGAACAACCCGCACAUCGGGCACAAAGUGGCAGGCUGUUUGAUUUUCCUCUCCCUCUUUCACAUCAACUUUUCUGCAGGCGGCUCAGGAAAAGGCUCACAGAGCCAAGAUGAUAUGCACGUCAUCCACAACAAUCAACUGGACCUGCGGGAGAUAGUGUUCGUCAUCCAGAGUCAAAGCAACUCUUUCCAUGAGAGGCAGGCGGAAAGACGGAAAGCAGACUUACUGAAGCAGGCACACAGCCUCACAGAGAAACCACCGGUGGUUUUGCUUCUUCACAGUUUAUCAGAUAACGAGGGAGAUUGGAGCAUCCUUCCUCUGCUGCCUUACUUAUCUCAGUCCUUUGGGAAGAACUCAUCCUGGAUUGUAUUUCUUGAGGAGGAAACAAAUGUGAGGAUGAAUAAGCUGAUUGAGGUGCUUGCAAAGUUUGACCAGAAAAACGAGUGGUUUCUUGGUAAGCCCCUCCAUGACGAGGAGUCGACCAUCAUCCAUCACUACGCGUUUGCGGAGAAUCCCUCUGUCUUUAAAUAUCCAGACUUUGCUGCUGCUUGGGUCUUAAGCACUCCCCUUGUGGUUCGGCUUGCACACAAAGUGAGAAGCGAGCCUCUUAAGUCAGACUUCACCAUUGACCUGAAACACGAGGUUGCCUUGUAUAUCUGGGACAAUGGGAACGGUCCACAUCUCACUGCUGUUCCUGAGCUGUGCACUGAGCCGGAGGACUCCGCUCAGACCGACCACUGUGCUACCACUCUGAGCACCGAGCCACCUCUGUGUGGGGAGCCUGUAAAUAAAGAAGAUAUAUUUGUAGCUGUGAAAACGUGCAAGAAGUUUCACAGUGAAAGAGUUCCAGUGAUAAAGAAGACUUGGGAAAAGGAUGCCUUCUUUUUAGAGUACUACAGCGACCAUGCUGAUCCAUCAAUACCAACCAUUAAUUUAGGAAUUCCAAACACUGAGAGAGGCCACUGUGGGAAAACAUUUGCAAUCCUUGAAAGAUUUCUAAGCAGCUCCGUUCCAAACACCAAGUGGCUCCUUGUUGUGGACGAUGACACACUUAUCAGCCUCUCCAGACUGCACGACUUGCUGAGCUGUUACAACCCCUCUGAACCUGUGUGUCUAGGGGAGAGGUACGGCUAUGGCCUGAGCCAAGGCGGCUACAGCUAUAUCACGGGCGGUGGAGGUAUGGUGUUCAGCCGGGAGGCAGUGGUCCGACUUCUGAACAGCGGGUGUAAGUGCUACAGUAAUGACGCGCCAGAUGACAUGGUGCUGGGAAUGUGCCUCAAUGCCCUCGGACUUCCUGUCACACACUGUCCACUCUUCCACCAGGCGCGCCCAGAGGACUAUGCCAGAGACUUCUUAGCUCACCAGGUGCCCAUCUCUUUCCAUAAACACUGGAACAUCGACCCCAUUGCUGUUUUCAACAAAUGGCUUAAGGAUGACUUGAGGGCAAAAGCUUCAGAUGGACUUAAUAAGAGUGCUAAAACAGAGUUAUAAUCAUUUUAAGCACACAACUAGCCUGAUGAGUGUGUAUGUAUGUCCAGCGUGUGUGUGUGUGUGUGUGUGUGUGUGUGUGUGUGUGUGUGUGUGUGUGUGUGUGUGUGUGUGUGUGUGUGUGUGUGUGUGUGUGUGUGUGUGUGUGUGUGUGUGUGUGUGUGUGUGUGUGUGUGUGUGUGUGUGUGUGUGUGUGUGUGUGUGUGUGUGUGUGUGUGUGUGUGUGUGUGUGUGUGUGUGUGUGUGUGUGUGUGUGUGUGUGUGUGUGUGUGUGUGUGUGUGUGUGUGAGUAUUAUGGAGUCAUGGAACUGAAAUAUUGUCCUUCACAGAUGUAAAUGUUUUUGUAUUGUUGAUGUUGAACUGUUAUUAAGAGGGACCAUGCGAGUGUGUGUCCAUGACUUAAUCUGUGAGUGUCUUCAUGACUGAGCUGCAUGUUGAGGUUACUGUUAUUUUGGACGUAUGGAUAUAAUGUGUGUAUAUUUAUAUCAUAUGAAUAAUCUGAACCUUACAGAGGACGGUCUUCUUCUGUGGGAGAUACUGUAUCUUUUAAAAAGUAUCACUAAUGCUGUACAAUGUGCUCUAUUUUGACAUAAAAUUAUAAAUAUUUGAGAAUG